GAAUCUAUGCACUAGCAAUGAGUCCGCUCAAGAUUCUUUUCGUGUCUGGAAUUUUACUGAACUUUAGAUAGCUAUCAAUCCGAGCUUGAAACUUGAAUGGAUGAAGGUUCACUGGGACGAGAAUGAUGUGAGAAAGGCACGGGAAUGGACAUUAGAAGCGGUAUGUUCAAUUUUCAUUGUCUUUUGCAAUGGUAGCACUGAUGUCUGAUUUACAGAUGACAUCAUACCGUACAGCAAUGCGCUUGGAACGGGAAAGAGUACCUACACCGUGCAUAUCAGCAUUACAGCUCCCUUACUCCGCUGACAGUUCUACGUCUGUGGCUGCGCGAUCAUUGAUGGCAGGAUUUGGGCGCUUGACGAAAAUCAACACGAGUGUUCGACGUUCAACAACUUCAUUGUCAACCACAACCUUAACUGCCGCACCAAAUCGUUCCUUGACAUUUGGCCAGUCAACUCCGACACUUACGCUGGAAGAGCAAGCACAACGAGAUUUAGAGGAAGACAGGAAAGAUGCUGAGCGAGAAAUGCAGCGCUAUGAAGAAGCAGCGCUUCUUGAUGCCACGGCUGAACGCACAGCUGACAUUGUUCGUUUUUGGGAGGUGCGUGCACGAUUUUAUUUUUUCAACUAUCCAUUGAAUGAAUAUAAUAUAUUUUGUAGCAAAAAGAACAUAUAUUCCCGCUGCUUUUCCGUGUCGCAAUGGAUGGUCUUCCCGCGCAGGCUUCAUCUGUCCCUUCCGAACGAGUCUUCUCAUCUAGCAAAGAGACAUGCACAGAUCGGCGUGCCAACCUCUCACCAGCAGUUCUCGAAGCUCUACAAAUACUCAAGUUCUCUUACAAGCAAGACCGGUUGAAUUUCACAUCCCACCUCGUUGCAGAAGAAGUAGAUUAUAAUAUUUCAGGGCCAGUAUCUAGGAAUGCCAUAGAUGAGCUCAUGGCAGCAGGCAAGCUCGAUGAACUUGCGCAGCUGCUCGUGAACGAAAACGAAAACCAAUCUCUGUCUUAGAUUAUGCUGUAGGUAGCUACAUAUGAUUAGUAAUCUAUUCUGCUUGACUUCGCGAAGUACUUCGAAGUGCACUUCGAAUAACUUCGUUGACAACGAAGUCUACCGAAGUGUGUCAAAUUUCCACUUCAAUUCGCUUCAGUUCGCUUCGCGGCAACACUAUUAAUACCGGCUGACUGGUUCAGAUUUAGAUAUUGAGGCUAGCCU